AUGUGUAGGAAGAGGUCCAAGUGCUCCUUCUCCAGACUGGAGGUGAUCCUCAUCAGCUGCCUGACGUUGAUGAUAGUGGUGACCGUAGUGCUGCUCGUCCUCCACUUUCUCAACCAAGAGCGCCACGGCAAGUUGAAUGCCAGUGAAACCACCCCACACUACUUGCUGGGUGUGGGGCGAGCUGACUGCACAGGACCUGUGGCAGAAAUUCCUCUGAUGGGCUAUGCCAAUCCAGAGCAGGUGGGCGGCGGGCUCCUCUCACGCCUCUACAGCCGAGCUUUCAUCGUGGCAGACCCUGAGGACUCCAGGCGAGUGGUGUUUGUCAGUGCUGACAUAGGCAUGGUGUCCCAGAAGCUGAGGCUGGAGGUCCUCAAGAAGCUGAAGGCCAAGUAUGGUGACCUGUACCGGCAGGACAACGUCAUCCUCAGUGGCACCCACACGCACUCAGGGCCUGGGGGCUACUUCCAGUACACCCUCUUUUGGAUCAGCAGCAAAGGGCUCAUCAGGCCAUCCCUCAAUGCCAUCGUGAAUGGCAUUGUAAAGAGCAUUGACACAGCUCAUCAGAAUGUGAAGAAAGGCAGAAUUUUGAUAAAUAGAGGCACUGUAGAUAACAGCCAAAUCAACAGGAGCCCUUUCUCUUACCUUGAGAACCCAGCAUCUGAGCGAAGCAGGUAUGCAUCCAACACGGACAAAGAAAUGGUGCUGCUGAAGAUGGUAGACGAACAAGGGCAGGACCUAGGCCUUAUCAGCUGGUUUGCAGUGCACCCGGUCAGCAUGAACAACAGCAACCACCUGGUGAACAGUGACAACGUGGGCUAUGCCUCCUACCUGUUUGAGCAGGAGAAGAACAAGGGGAUGCUUCCUGGAGAGGGCUCCUUUGUUGCUGCCUUUGCAUCCUCCAACCUGGGAGAUGUGUCACCCAACACCAAAGGCCCCUUCUGUGUCAACACAGGGGAGUCGUGCAACAACCCACAGAGCACCUGUUCCACGGGAGGGGCAACAAUGUGCAUGGCCAAGGGUCCUGGAGCUGACAUGUUUGAAAGCACGAGAAUUAUUGGGCAAAACAUCUACUCGAAGGCAAGAGAGCUGUAUGAAGAAGCUUCCCAGGAGGUGAAAGGAGCCCUCAGUACAGCUCACCAGUGGGUGAACAUGAGCAAUGUGGCAGUGGAGCUCAACAGCACCCACAUGGUUCAAACUUGCAAACCAGCAUUAGGACACAGCUUUGCUGCAGGGACCAUUGAUGGAGUGGGAGCUUUCAACUUCACCCAAGGCUCAGUGGAAGGGGACCCAUUUUGGGAUGGAAUUCGGGACAUGCUGUUGGGAGAGCCAUCCAACGAAACCAGAGCCUGCCACCGACCCAAGCCAAUCCUCUUCAGUACUGGAGAGAUGAGUUGGCCUCACCCAUGGCACCCUGACAUCGUGGAUGUUCAGAUAGCUACCAUUGGAUCCCUGGCCAUCGUUGCUGUCCCGGGAGAGUUCACGACCAUGUCUGGACGCAGGCUACGAGAAGCUGUUGAAAGAGAAUUUGCUUCCCACGGCAGACCAGGAAUGGACAUUGUGAUCGCAGGUCUCUGCAACGUCUACACCCACUACAUCACCACCUAUGAAGAGUACCAGGCUCAGCGGUACGAGGCUGCCUCCACUAUUUAUGGGCCACACACCCUUGCCGCUUACAUCCAGCUCUACAGAGGACUGGCAAGAGCCAUUGCCACGAACACAGCCCAGGAUUUGCCACCUGGUCCAGAGCCACCACUUUUCAACGUGAGCAGCAUCACCUUGGUGCCUUCUCUGGGGGUUGAUCGUGCGCUGGCCAACAGGACGUUUGGGGAUGUGCUGCAAGAAGUGAGAGAGCAGUACCGAGUGAGCGAAGUUGCUGAAGUCACUUUUGUAGGUGCCAACCCGAGGGCUUCUGCAGAGAAUGCGACUGAACACAACUUCCUGACAGUGGAGAGGCACAACAGCACGUCAGCCACCUGGGACGUGGUGCAGAACGAUGCCUCCUGGGACACCAGGUUUUACUGGACCAAAGGCACCCUGGGUCAGAGCAAUGUGACCAUCGAGUGGCACAUUCCUGGUGGCACAGAACCAGGCCUCUACAGGAUAAGAUACUUCGGCCACUACAGGAAAAGAGCCUCCAUCUUCAACAUUGUCACUGUGCCAUUUGAAGGCACCUCUUCACCAUUUGAAGUCACAGCUCUGUAGGUGGCCUCCCUCAUUAAAGGCAU